AUGUCAGCCAAUACAACCACCAAUGGCGAGAGGAAUAUCCAGCAGGGUAACAAGGAGUAUGCUGCAACUUUCACGCAGGGCCACCUAGUGCUCCCACCUAGCCAAAAAUAUGCAGUCUUAACCUGCAUGGAUGCUCGGAUCGACCCAACCGCAGCCUUUGGUAUCCCUCUCGGUGCUGCUCACGUUAUCCGCAAUGCUGGAGCUUCGGCUCGCGACGCCUUCCGCUCAAUCGUCAUUUCUCAGCAGCUUCUCGGUACCACUGAGGUACUGGUUGUAAAACACACAGGGUGUGGCAUGCUCACGUUUGACAACGAGACAGCCAAAUCCCUCGUGAAGAAGAACAAGGGCGACGCAGCGGCAAAGGAGGUGGAGGAUUUGGAUUUUUUUACUUUUCCUGAACUGGAAGCAGAAGUCAAAAAGGAUGUGGAGUGGCUGCGAAGCAAGGCUGUCGAGAAUGGCAUUAAUUUCACUGGCUGGGUUUAUGAGGUGGAAACCGGAAAGGUGCGCAAAGUGGUCUGA